UGCCGGGACGGCGGUGGGACCAUGGCGAGCGACUUCUACCUGCGCUACUACGUGGGGCACAAGGGCAAGUUCGGCCACGAGUUCCUCGAGUUCGAGUUCCGACCCGACGGGAAGCUCCGUUACGCCAACAACAGCAACUACAAGAACAACGUCAUGAUCCGCAAGGAGGCCUACGUGCAUAAGGGCGUGACGGAGGAGCUGCAGAGGAUCAUCGAGGACAGUGAAAUCACAAAGGAGGACGAUGCUCUGUGGCCUCCUCCGGACAGAGUCGGGCGGCAGGAGCUUGGAAAAGUCAUUGGUAUCUCCUUCACCACGUCAAAAAUCGGUUCCCUCAUCGAUGUAAAUCAGUCCAAGGAUCCAGAGGGCUUGAGAGUGUUCUACUACCUGGUCCAGGAUCUUAAGUGUUUAGUCUUCAGUCUUAUUGGACUACACUUCAAGAUUAAACCAAUUUAAAGAAAGCAAACUGGAGUUUGUAUUACAGUAUCUGGGGGAGGGGGGUGGGCAGGGAGGAAU